CCUACCCGGAAAUUAAACAAUGAGAUAUGGAAGUGGGCUAGGAGAGGCCACGUGGGUGCAACAUGGGGGCUCCUUCAGGCAAAAUCAACCGGCCGCGGACGGAGCUGAAGAAAAAGCUUUUCAAAAGGCGCCGUGUUCUGAGCCAGCAGAAGCGGAAGAAACACCGGAUUGUGGGAGCUGUUGUGGAUGCGGGGCUCAUCACCAUUCACCACCUGAAGAAGCGCUCAUCCAGUGCUCGAGCAAACAUUACCCUGUCUGGGAAGAAGAGAAGGAAACUGCUGAAGCAAAUCCGUCAUGCCACUAAGGAGAAAACAGACAUGCAGGUUGAUGCCUCUCCGGGUCCAAGUAAAAGUGCUCAGACUGGAAAGAGAAAGAAGAAAAAGGAUAAAGUAACAGACUGCCUGGAUGUAGAUAUGGUGGAAACUGAGCCUGCUCCCAGAGCUGAGAUCUGCCUCUGAAGUCUUGAAACCCAGUUUCCUUGUUUGUUCUUGUGGCUUGGUGCUGGCAGACUUGUAGGGGGCGUUGGGGGCACAAAGGUUGCAAAACCAGAAAAGCCAGAAGGCUUGGAUUUUGAACCUGUUUAGCCCCAUAAACUUGGAUGUGACUUAAUUCCUUUUUAAAAAAAAUGCAAAAGACUUGAGAGGUGUAAAGAACAGUCUGCAGUUCUAUUGAGUUCUCAUUCAUUUCUCUUGACAAACAGCUUUGGGUUCUUUAUACUGCCAAGCACCACUGGCUAGAAUUUUAGGGCUUGAAAAGAGCUUCAAGGAUCAGUCAACUAGCCCGUUGCGUUAAGUGGGUGCAUGGCAUCUUUUUAGGGUGCAUGUCUAGACAGAAAAAACACCCUGCCAGCAUUACGCAGCCAGCCAAAGUGAUUGGGGAAUCCUGGGAGUUGUCAGACUUUUUUUCUGUCUAAUCAUGCGUAGGAUUGCACCCUUAAAAAAUUACCAGCUUUGCUCUAUACUAAAAGCAUGCUGAUAUUAGAAGGGUGUUAUCCUGGGUGCAGUUAACCUGGGUGCAGUUAACCCAUUGAUUUCCAUGGGGCUUAUUUCAGAGGAAAGAUGCAUAGGAUACUAGUAUCCUACACUGGAAACCCACCCCUCACCUUAAUAUCUGUCUAUAAAUUAAAGUUGGGGAGUGGCUUCCAGUGUUGUUAGCCAACCUCAACUGGAAGGGAAGGAAACAUCUGUUCCUAAACUCCCAUAGGGGCAAGCUUUCCUGCUUCCAGUGUUCUAAGGCAAUAAACAUCGUCCCAAUAAAAUGACAAGAAACCA